AGCUAGCAAAUACACAAACCGAGUGUGUGUUAGUGUGUGUGUGUGUCAGCGUGUGAGAGGGAGGGACAGACCGAGAAGCCGAGGCCGGACGCCCCAAUGCUGCUCCCGUAUUGACCGAUCUGCCCCAUCAAGAUAGGAGAUAGAGCCGGAAAGCAUCUUUUUUUUUCUUCUGGCUGCUGUUGUGUGUGUUUUCUAUCCUACGCCGCUGAAGCAAUGCAGUCCCAGGGCAGCACGUCGUCCCAGCCGUCCUUCGAUUCCCAGAGCUCGAGCGACAGCCCCCUGUUCAGCGACUCGGAGCAGGCCGAGGACGACACGGACGUCUUCCUGACCGACAGCUCUUCCUCGGCCAUCAUCGGCGAGGUGUCCGGGGCCGCGGCCGACGGAGACGGAGGGCCGGGGAGUCCCGCGUCCAAGUGGGCGUGCGAUGACUUCACGGAUAAAGAGGAAGAGGAGGCCUACAGGUCGAAAGGCGGCGGCGGCGGAGGCAAGGCAGCUCGCGUCGGUUCGGACCAGGCGGAUCCCACAAGCCACGUCCCCAAGUCACAGGGAGACCUGCUGUUCGCUCAGAAGUGUGCUGAGCUGCAGGGUUUCGUCAGGCCGAUGCUGGAGCUGCUGAACGGACUGAAGAGGGGCCGGUUCGAUCGAGGUCUGAGUAGUUUCCAGCAGAGCGUCGCCAUGGAUCGAAUCCAGAGGAUUGUGGGUGUUUUACAGAGACCCAACAGCGGGGAGAAGUACCUGAACACUCUCCUCCAGGUGGAGGUGAUGCUGAAGCUUUGGUUCCCUCAGAUCCACGCUCAGGCUGCAUCUGCGGCCGCCGCCCCCUCCGCCGCCCCCCUCCACAACGCGCCUCGCUCCCUCCCCCCUCACAAGCACAGGGAUCAGUCGCACAUUCCCGUCAAGAAGCGCAGACUCAGCUGGACGGACGCGGACUCUCCCGCUCCCUCCCCCGCGCUGCCCACGUGCGCUCGGAUCGGCGCGGAAGUGAAGAGGGCGAAGGCGGGCCGCGGCGAAAGGGACGCCUCCCCGUCGCCCGCUGCGGAUCAAAAUUCCGCGGCCGGCGACGACCAGCGGGGCCCAGGCGGAAAAGGCGGCGAGGAACUCGGCGAGCGAUCGAAAUACAAAGCAGGCCAAAGCUCCGAGCCGAGCCUGACGUGGGUCCACGUCGCCCCCAUCCCGUCCCCGGGAAAGGCCUGCGUGUCACGUGAGAGCGCGGCGGCGGGUGACGGUGAAAAGCGGCCCGUCGCUCCGGUCCUGCCGCUCAGGAGGAGGGGCACUCCGGAGACGCAGGACAGCGCCGUCUCUUCCACCACGCACUACAAGCACGCGCAAAAUCUGAAGAAGCCAAUCCGGUGCCAAAGCCAGACUAUCACUGGACACGAGCGCGAGAGCGCCGAGAAAGCGCCCCAAGUCCCGCUGGCGCCUUUGCCAGAGGCGUGCCCCGCCCCCCUGUAGACCCGAUGUAACACUGGGCUAAAGCUGCUUUUUUUUUUUUUUACGCUGAAUGCCUGUGAUUUAUAAAUGCAUCAAGGGAUGGAAAGAAUU